UCACAAGAAGCGUACCGCGAAACUCUAAAAGCACUACUUUUUGCGCGCAAACAUAUGAAUAUCUAUCUAAGUGGUAGUAUAAAAAGCAAAAUUCCGGGACCUGUUGUAUCACUUCACUUAAGAAAGAUGCUUUGUAAAAGCGUGUGCGAUCUUGCUCUACUGCUUUUCAUUCCGUACGUGGUAUGCGCUCCAGAACCGAUUUGUUCAAAAUUUUCAUUUGAGGAACAAUUGCUUGAAAAAAUGGUUCGCACGGAAUUCCAAGUGAACACGAUGGAAAAGGAAAUGAAACGGACCCAAGAAAAUGUUCUUCAAGCUCUUAAAGAAUACAGUGUUAAAACUACAAAUUUAAUAAACGAUUUUGAAAAUCUGAAAAAUAACAUCGCAAAAGAAAUGGAAAAGAAAACAAAUGAACUACAAUUGAUCGAAGAAAGAAUGGAGUACCCCGCCAUUGCUUUCCAUGCACAUCACGUGACGAAAACUAGUAUAUCGAGUGGUGAGACCAUUGUUUUUGAUAGAUUCGUUUUAAACGAGGGAUCGGGGUAUGGCAAUUUGACCGGAAUAUUCACUUCCCCGGAAGGUGGUCUUUAUCAGUUUAAUGUUCAUGUGUGUUCAACCUACAGCAACAGUGCGCAUUUCAGUAUCGUCUUGGAAGGUAACGCUCUCUCGAAAACAUCGCAAUUCAGCAACGACUAUUGUGGCUCUAUCAGUGCAGUGGCUAGAGUGAAAACGGGAGAACGGGUGUGGGUGAAGGCUACUUCUACAAGUACUCUUCAUGAAGACAGUUAUAGAUGGAACACCUUCAGCGGAGCUUUAAUUCAUAAAUGAAUAUAUAUUUAAUAAUUCUGUAUAUAGCCAUGAGAUACCUAGACUUUCAAAAUGUGUUUAUAUCAAGUAAUCUGUAUAUUUGUUAAUAAACUAGCUCCUAGUCUAUCAUA